GCGCGUCCUCACAAACUUCUUAAGCUAGGUAACUACACAGUAUAAGCUCUAAAUCUGCAAGAUUAGUCAAGAUAACAACACUGCCACACUGCCAUGGAGAGGGAGCUCGGCAUAUCAACGCUGGGCGCUUGAAACAGGCAUUGAUAUAGAACAGAUUCCUCCAUACACCCACGAGCCGAAUGGAGCUGCUGAACGAGCUGGUUAAGAAAUAAUCACUAAGUCUAUCAAGAUGAGGAGCGGAGCACACCUACCUGAGAAGCUCUGGCCAGAGGUAGUAAUGGCAGCGACUUGGCUCUAUAAUAUGAGUCCAUCGCACUCAAACGAGCUGCGAAGCCCAAACGAGCAGCUCAAUCACUGGGCACUCACAGCUGAUCUAAGACCCGAUUGGAGCGGGAUAUACGCAUAUAGCUGCCGCGCUUAUCCUCUGAACAGGGAGCGAGCAGCUGGACGAAACAGGAGAGGCUUCAAAGUCACUCCAAGGGGACAUAUUGGUUACCUGGUGGGCUACAAAGCCUCUAAUAUAUACUAA